UAAUAGACUCGGGUUCAUGUGAUCUGUCACAUGACAAAAGAUCUGCUGAGAGACGGAAUGGGACUGCGACCCUGCCUCCUAGGGCUCCUAGCCCUCCUCAUUGCGGGCAAAUGCAGUUACAGCCCGGAGCCCGACCAGCGGCGGACGCUGCCCCCAGGCUGGGCGUCCCUGGGCCGUGUGGACCCUGAGGAAGAGCUGAGUCUCACCUUUGCCCUGAGACAGCAGAACUUGGAAAGACUGUCUGAACUGGUUCGGGCUGUGUCGGAUCCUGGCUCUCCUCGCUACGGAAAAUACCUGACCCUGGAGGAUGUGGCUGAACUGGUCCGGCCAUCACCACUGACCCUCCACACAGUCCAAAAAUGGCUCUUGGCGGCUGGAGCCCGGAACUGCCACACAGUGAUCACACAGGACUUUCUGACCUGCUGGAUGAGUGUCCGACAGGCAGAGCUGCUGCUCUCUGGGUCUGAGUUUCAUCGCUAUGUGGGGGGACCUGCAGAGACCCAUGUUGUAAGGUCCCCACAUCCCUACCAGCUCCCGAAGGCCUUGGCCCCCCAUGUGGAUUUUGUGGGGGGGCUGCACCGCUUUCCCCCUAUAUCUUCCUUGAGGCAACGCCCUGAGCCACAGGUGGCAGGGACUGUUGGCCUGCACCUGGGGGUGACCCCAUCCGUGAUCCGUAAGCGAUACAACUUGACAGCACAAGACGUGGGCUCUGGCACAACCAACAACAGCCAAGCCUGUGCCCAGUUCCUGGAGCAGUAUUUCCAUGACUCAGACCUGGCUGAAUUCAUGCAUCUCUUUGGCGGGAACUUUGCACACCAGGAAUCAGUAGCCCGUGUGGUGGGACAACAAGGCCGGGGCCGGGCCGGACUGGAGGCCAGUCUAGAUGUGCAGUACCUGAUGAGUACUGGCGCCAACAUCUCCACCUGGGUCUACAGUAACCCUGGCCGGCAUGAGUCACAGGAGCCCUUCCUGCAGUGGCUCCUGCUGCUCAGUAAUGAGUCAGCCCUGCCAUCUGUGCACACGGCGAGCUACGGAGACGACGAGGACUCCCUCAGCAGUGCCUACAUCCAGAGGGUCAACACUGAGUUCAUGAAGGCUGCUGCUCGGGGUCUUACCCUGCUUUUUGCCUCAGGUGACAGUGGGGCUGGGUGUUGGUCUACCUCUGGAAGACACCAGUUCCGUCCCAGCUUCCCUGCCUCCAGCCCUUACGUCACCACGGUGGGAGGCACAUCCUUCCAGAAUCCUUUCCGAGUCACAAGUGAGAUUGUUGACUAUAUCAGUGGUGGUGGCUUUAGCAAUGUGUUCCCACGACCUUCAUACCAGGAGGAAGCUGUAGCCAAGUUCCUGAGCUCCAGCCCCCACUUGCCACCAUCCAGUUACUUCAAUGCCAGCGGACGUGCCUACCCAGAUGUGGCUGCCCUCUCUGAUGGCUACUGGGUGGUCAGCAACCGCGUGCCUAUUCCAUGGGUGUCUGGCACUUCGGCCUCUACUCCAGUGUUUGGAGGGAUCCUAUCCCUGAUAAAUGAACACAGAAUCCUCAGUGGCCACCCACCUCUUGGCUUUCUCAACCCAAGACUCUACCAGCAGCAUGGGGCAGGACUCUUUGAUGUAACCCAUGGCUGCCAUGAGUCUUGUCUGAAUGAAGAGGUACAGGGUCAGGGUUUCUGCUCUGGCCCUGGCUGGGAUCCUGUGACAGGCUGGGGAACACCCAACUUCCCAGCUCUGCUGAAGAUAUUACUCAACCCUUGACCCUUUCCUGCUGGGAGGGUGGGCCUGUCCCCUGCCCCACAGCUGGCAGCUAGUUUCCUUAUUCUGCACUGCUGUCCCCUCACCUGUUGACUGCUACAGACAGCUUGUCUCCCUGACCCUGAAGUGCUAUGAGAAUGACUUGACUCCCAACCCUCCCCUGCUCCAUCAUACUCAGGUCUCCCUACUCCUGCCUCAGGUUCCUCUACAUUUGCUAUAACCAGUACUGUUUGGGAGCAUCCCCACCCCCACCCCUCACCCCCCCAUUCCUUUUUUCUCUUUGCAACCAGGCUUUUCCAAAGGGUUGUCUGCAUUGUUUGUGUACAUGAUUUUACUUUGUGUUUGCGUCUCAAUUUAUCGUAAUGAGACCUCCGCCUUCCCUUUUUUACUCUUUCCUCCCCUGACACAGAAACAGUGGCCUCCCCGCUGCUUCAUCAAGUACAUGCUUCCCAACCUUUGCUUUAGGGCCCUCUGUCGUACUUGUCCACUCCCUCUCUUUCCUUAGCUCCUAGGACUUCACUUCUUUCCUGACCAUUUCCCCUUCCUCCUUCUCCUUCUCUGCUUCCUCACUGAAUGUUGGUGUACUUCACUUCUGCAUCCUUAGUCUUUUGCUCUUCUCACUCUACCCAUUGUCGCCUGGAACAAAUCAAAGAUUGGCAUCCACAGCAUCACCAUCUCACUAAAUCAGACUUUCUAUCCAACAGUGACUGAUACCUCAAAUGCAAGAUGUGCCGUUCUCGGCACUUCAUCUCUCUUCCUCCUUCCCAAUCCCAAACUGUUCUCUUUUGUUUCUUCUUGAUAAAUGAUACUAUGCUGCUUCCAAGCAAGCCAGAGAGCUGUCAUUCUAGACUCCCAUUUCCUUCAUCUCCUCCCCCUUCAAUAAACAAGUCCUACUGAUUUUACCUCUCAAAUAUAUCUUUCUCAACCCACAAGUCCUGCCAAUUAUAUUUCUUAUGUAAAUCUAGAAGUCAUCUACUUCACUCUUUCUCCACUGCUUCUACAUUAGCUUAAAGGCACAUUCUCUCUCUGAAUUAUAGGCUCAUAAAAAAAAUCCCCUUUCUCCCUGCCCUUCCCUAAACCAUCUUCCAGAGCAUAAUGAAAAUCACAUCAAGCCAUUUACUUGAGUAAGAUCCUUCCAAGAUUAUUGGAUGAAGUUCAGGCUUCCUAUCAUGACGCACACACCGGAUCCCUUCCUGGCUAUGUCUUCCUGAGUAACAAAUUGUUUAUCCUCCCCUGCUCUCCCCUGAAACAUAUUCUUUCACUUGUGCUCAAGAUAUGCUGUGCCCUUAACACUACCCCUGACUCCCCUUUGCUUGUUUGAUUUCAAGCAUUCUUUCCAGACUCAGUUUAGAAGCCACCUUCUCUUGUGAACCUGUUGGCUCCCUGAAGCUACUUGAUUUUGGUAUGGCACAAAAAAUCUUAGAAUUUUGAAGCCAGAUCUGUUUGACUGUUGUUUCUAAUAUAGACUAGCGGAGAGCCUUGGGCAACUAAGUUCAUCUCCCUAAGCCUUUUUCUCACUUGUUAAGUGGGGAAAAGGCUAUACCUGCCUCUCCUAAUAAUCAGUGACUAAUCAAGUGGAAUAAAGUUGAUAGAGUGGGCAGCA